AUGAUUAGAGCACCCAAAGUAGGAGGUAAAGCAGCAACGUGGGAUCCCAACUACCAAACACUUGCUGGUCUAAACAAUGAUGAAGUUUUCAAAGCUAAAGAUGACGGGAAGUUCAAGGGUGGUGGAGGAGGAGCUAGUCCAAAUAUCAAGGCUCCUAAAGUAGGAGGAAAGGCUGCAACAUGGGAUCCAAACUAUCAAACUUUGGCUGGCUUGAAGAAUGAAGACAUAUUCAAACCCAAGGGUGGUGGUGGAUAUAAAGGCGGUGGUGGUGGGAUUAAACUUGGCGGCGGUGGUAUGCCAAAAGUCCAAAAGCCGGCACAACAUAAAGUAGUAGCAACGAAUGAUCCAAACUAUCAAACGUUGGCUGGGAUCAAUGCUGAUGUAUUUGGUGAAGAUAAAAAGAAAAAACAAAGGAAUAUAGAUCGAUGGGCGACAUAUUAG